GGGCAUCAUAUGCAGGAGAAAAAUUUCACAUUACCAUCAGCCUUUGAACAACGGUUCUAAUACCUUAAUUAGGCGAAGGCAAUACAAUUACAAACAAUUGAAACUAAUCUGAUUAAUAACAGAGUUUAGUAAUAGUUAUAAUAAGAUCAGAAUCAUAUAAGUAAGUUAAAAUAAAUAAAAUGAGUAUUCAAUUGUCUUUAGUAUUUGGAGCUAUGGUAAUUCAAAUGAUAACUUUAGUAGUAUUAUUAUUACCAUUACCAUAUCCUAUUAGAAAGAAAAUAAUUGAUUUUACAUUUGUAUUACAAAAAUCUCAAAAUUUUAAAGUUGGAGUUGUAUUUACUAUAAUUUUAUUAAUUCUUCAAUUUUUAGAUUGUGUUAAUAGAUUAAGAAGACUUGAUGGUUAUAAUGAUCCAUAUUUUACUACAGCUGGUAUAACAAAAGAAGCUCGAGCUCAAUUAAGUUAUGAUCAAUUAGCUACUAAAUUUUAUUCUCAAAGAAAUCUUUAUUUAAGUGGUGCAGUAUUAUAUUUAAUGGUAGCUAUUGGAACUGUUAUAACAAUUGUAAGAAAAUUAGUUAAAAAAGAAACUGAUUAUAGAAAUUUAUUAGCUAGAGAAUCAACUAAUGGUGAUGAUGGUGAAAUUGAAAAGUAUAAACAACUUAUUAAAUUAAAACAAAAUGAUAUCGAUACUUUUAAGAAACAAUUAUCUGGAUUACAAUCGGCUUAUGAUGGAUUAAAUCCUGAUAAAGUCACUCCUUCUAAGGAUGAUUAAAUUUCUUAGUUUUAGCUUUAGCUUUAGUUUUAGUUUUAGUUUUAGUAACCAUUUUUUUUAUAUGUAGAAGAAAACAAAAGGGG